AUGCCUUCACGAAAACGAGCGUUUUCGCCACCUCUUGAGAAAGGUCAAGCAUGCAUCACUUGGUGAGUGCCCGGUCGGUUCCCCUGUUCCUGCGAGCCGAGGUCCGAUCUGCCGCCGUCGCCUACCGACAGUGAUCCUCGGCGAUCGCGCCCGCGCUCGGGGAGCGGGUCGCUCGUGCGCUGGCCCCCGGGCGCGCGACGUCAGCUCGGGUCCGAUCUCGGGCGUCGGGCGCGCGUGCCGGGAGUUUGGCGAUGCCGGAUGUUUUGAGCAACAAAAACUGACCCCGGAUUUUUGGGGGAUUUCGAUCUUCUUCUUCAACGCGCUACGUUACAGCAAAGCCAGAAAAGUCAAAUGUGAUGCCAAGGCCCCGGCGUGCACCGCGUGCCUGCGCACUGCCGCCUUCGAGGGGCGCUCAGCCGACUCGGUCCAUUGUUGCUACACCCAAGUACUUCGCAAGUCUCGCAAGAACACAGGGAGCCGGAGAUUGGCGCUCAAGAAACGCCCUACCCAGCUGCCUGCUCCGUCGCGGCAUAUGGUUAACUUGCCUACUGGUGCGUCUAGCGGUGAGCUAGAUUCCUCUCCUCAGCGGUGGGGCGAGACGAGCUUGACUCGAGCUAACCAGCGACUGUACGCGCCCCUAGACCCGCCCCAAACGUCCGAUGCGGCAUCGAUCACACAUCCUGACGGGGUGCCAGACCAGUCGCAACCUCCACCAACUCUCAAGAUCGCCCUCGGACUUCCAGAGCUGCCUCCCUUGCCUCCGCUUCCGUCCGUCGCCGCCACAUCGCAGGUCAAGGUCGCCCCUGGUGGGCCCGAGGCUUCCGCGACGCACUCCCCCCUCACUGCGGCCACCGGUGUAGCAAGCGCUGUUUCGGCUGGCACACCGGAACCCCUGUCAUAUCCGAUAGAUAUAUCUACUAUCAGACCUAUCAGAACUUUCGCUCAAAUUGCGGAGUCGCACCGGGGGACCAUUGCUGCGCUCCCUGCCAAGCCCCUGGCCUCGGCGGUGAAUUGGUCGAGCGCGAGUCUCCCGAGAUCAUCCAUGUCGCUCGAUGAAUCCGACGCUGUUCUAGCCCUUCUGGAGACGGAGAUGUCCAUGAAGACGCCAAGUCCGACUUUCUCCGACUCCUCGUCCUCAUUCGGCUCGCCCCAGUCGACUUUCUGGAGCGAUUUCUCGGCGGACGACACCUCGCAUUGGUCCUGCACACCGUCGCCACCACCAUUCGCCGAGUGCGGUGGUAUCUCGUUCUCGGAACCACCCUCUCUCAUGGACUUACCCCUCCCUCUCGACCACCAGUCGCUUGCCCAAUGGUUCCCGUUACCGUCGACGCCCUCCCUCGAGCUGGGACUGCGAGAGUGGGUCUGGUGA